GAGAGAAACAUUUGGACGAAUUGAGACAGAGUUGGUGAAAGUUUCUCCGCAGUUUGUCGCUUUGUGUCUUUGAGUCCAGUGAACCGUCCGCUGCGCACGCGAGAGGCGCGCGAGUGACGUCAGCGCGUGAGUGGACAAGGUCUGCAACCACAUAAAUCUACAAGUGUGCAGAACAAGUUCCCUUUGAGGACAUAAAAGGUCAGCCAUCAUCACAGUUCCUUGUUGACAUACCUAAUAAAAGGGAAGCUCAACGCGUAUAAGUCUUAGCCCUGCAGAAAGAGAAGCGCACACACAACUGCAGGAGGGAAGACUGGCAGAUAAGAACCAAAAACAAAAGAAAAAGAGUAAGAAGACUAGUAAAGGAGGGUUGUAAACAUGGCACAGAGCUGCUGCUGGAUGCUGCUCACACUGUCUCUGAAAGGUAUUCUCGCAGGUGAUUGGUCAGUUCAUCUCCCUUCCAGUCCCAUCUGUGCCGUGAUUGGUUCUUCCAUAGAGCUCCCUUGUUCCUAUGACUACCCUCAGAGCUCCAAUGAAACCAGGGGACUCUCUGCUCAGGAUGUUGAAGACGGACAACAGUAUGAAGUUUUGUCAGAGAUGUGGUGUCUCGAAGACAGCCGCUGUGUGACACCCAGAUAUGUGUUCCACAGCGCUCGUAUUUUCCCAGAUCCGUCCUACCAGAAUAGGGUGCAGUAUCUGGGACAACCAGGAACCAAGAACUGCUCUCUGAGGAUCUCUGAUCUCAGACCGUCAGACAGUGGAACCUACGUGUUCUACCUCAUCACCAGCCAUCCAACGGAGAAGAUGCCGGAGCAGAGUGGCGUACAGCUCCUGGUGGCCGAUUCUUCCAGUGCAGUCACAGUGCUAGCAGCUCCAUCCACUGGUGUCACUGAGGGUGCAGCUGUACGUUUGGCCUGUUGCAGCCCUGACGCUGAUCCACAGACCAGCUUCAGAUGGUACAAGAGCACAGGCAGCAGCCAACAACACCACGGACAGAUGUGGAAUAUCAGCAAAGUUACAUCUGAUGAAUCUGGCAGCUACUACUGUCAGAUCCAGACUAGAGAUAAAGUACAGAACUCAACGAUGCUGGCGAUUGAUGUACAAUAUUCUCCUCGAAACACGGCGGUCUCAGUCUGGCCUCCUGGAGAGCUGCAGGACGAGCUUCCUGUGACUCUGACCUGCAGCAGCGAUGCUAACCCACCAGUACACACAUUUAUCUGGUACCAGGGAGCAGCAUGUCUCCCUGCAGCAGACAAAAGCUUUCAUCAAGGAAGACGAACCGUGGCGACGCCCACAGGAAGAGGCCUCAGCGGUGCCAGCAUCACCAUUGAGGAAUAUGGGCAGCACUGUUGUGUAGCACGCAACAGACACGGAUCACAGACUUACAGCGUAACACUGACAGGUUCUAAAUCACUGACCCCAUCCGAGUCUUCAGGAAGCAGAAUGGUUCUUAUCGGAGUCACCAUUGGAGUCCUGCUGGCUAUCAUAGCAAUAAUUGCUUUUCUCAUGACAAGGAAACGGAAGUCGUCCAGACAUCGGUCAUAUGUCCUCACUGAAACAAGAGCUACAGAACCCUAAAGACUCAACAAGACAAGAACUUAGUCACAUCUACAACACCUUACACCUGAGAGAGAUCUUUUACAGAACAUAUACCUGAUACAGGACAAUGCAGCCACAAUGAUCUUUUCCCCCCAAAUGUCCUCUUGUUGUAUUGGUUCCCUUUUGGCCUGCUUGAGUAAACACAAGAAAGGAAAUCUGAACAUCAUGUGAUGGGCAUCACUGCACAUUCAAGCAAACAGGAUGCAGCACAGACUUUAAAGCACUGAACUGAGACAGGAUGAAGUUGGGUUUUAGUAGAAGAACAGUUUAAUUUAAAAGCAGAAAGAACUGAAAAUGGGAUCUGGUUACUUGUUCCAUUUUUAGUCCAUUUUCUCUGUAGAUGAGCUAAAUACCACUGUCAGGAAUUAACCAAGAAAUCUUUUACAAGUAUUUAUUGUAAUAAAAAAAUCAGAAAUAAAAUCUGUUCCCCUUCUAAUAACCAAACUUGUUUUCGUGCUGUGAUCGAUUUAAGUGUGCCAGGAACAGAUGUGGAUUUGAACACAUCCUCAAAGGUUCAUCACAUAUGAAAACCACAGAAAAACAUCCACAGUUGUUGUUUGAACUUUUACUGGAUUUUUAACAGCACAUCACAAAUGGACCAAGUACUGUAAAAGCAGCGUCCAGAAACAAAGAAAUCUGAGGUAAUUAUCACUGUGCAUGAUGAUGAUGACAGGAAUACAGCCAUAAUGAUCCAAUUAAGUGCUGCAAGCAGUUCCAACUGGGUUCUGUUUGUGUGUUUUAGAGUAAACUCUUCAAUGCGAUAAGCCGGGAACAGAUACUGACCAGAACAUGAAGAGGAGUCAGAACGGAUGAAACCCGGAGGACAGUGACUCUGACACCAGGACACUCAUUCACUAACUGGACUUGGAUAUCAAUUCUUCAUCUCAUUGGUCUAUUUUUAGAAUUCAGUUUGUGCUAGAUUUGGUACAUCAAAGGGAGAUUAUGUGUCAAGUGGUGCACAUAUCCUCUAUUUUUAAAUGCUGAGUAAGUAAACAAUAAAGUCAUUACCGGUUUUGCA